AUGCUCUUUGCAGAGAAGGCUGUCCAGGCCGCCAAGCCACCUAGACCAGCAGCUCCCGAGACCAGCCUUCCAAGUCACAAUGGUCGCCAGGCUGCUAUUGGGAGCACGCUCUGCCUAGAUCCACCAGGUCCCCGUGUCCUUGCUGCCCUGUCUCUAAGCCCCCCAACCCAUUCAACUCCCUGCCACUUGCAGCAGCAUCCUGGCCACGGGCCCCCGGGGAGGCCCUGGAGAUGCCCCACGGCCUCCUGUGUGCCGUCCCCAGCGGGACCUAGCUGCACACAACCUGAGGAGGGGGUGGCCAUGGGGCAGCAGUGGCCGGCCCCAGCCCUGGUGGCGGUGGUCGAGGCCUUGCUGAUCCUGUCGGUGCUGCUGGCACCCUCACAGGCAGUGGUGCGGGCUGUGCUGGAAGACAACGCAAGCACCGUGGACUUUGCAGACUUGCCGGCACUGUUUGGUGUCCCCCUGGCCCCGGAGGGCGUGCGGGGCUACCUGAUGGAGGCCAAGCCGGCUAAUGCGUGCCAGCCCAUCGAGGGCCCACAGCCAGGCAACCGCUCUCUGGGUGCCAUCGUGCUGAUCCGCCGCUACGACUGCUCCUUUGACCUCAAGGUGCUCCAUGCCCAGCGGGCCGGCUUCGAGGCGGCCAUCGUACACAAUGUCCGCUCCGACGACCUGGUGCGCAUGGCACACGUCUAUGAGGACCUGCGUAGCCAGAUCGCCAUCCCCUCGGUGUUUGUGGGCGAAGCUGCCUCACAGGACCUGCGGGUCAUAGUUCGCUGUGACAAGUCGGCCCAUGUGCUCCUCCUGCCUAACCACCCUCCUUGCCCUGACCUGGACUGCCACCCGGUGCUGGCUGUCUCCUGGGUGCUGGGACGAACCCUGGCCCUGGUCAUGUCUGUCACCUUUGUCCUACGUCGCCUGUGGCUCUGGGUCCGGGCCUGGUGGACACGAGGACCAGUGGUCAAGACACCCACCUGCCAGAAGGCCCAAGUCCGCACCUUCACACGGCGCAAUGACCUGUGUGCCAUCUGCCUGGAUGAGUAUGAGGAAGGUGACCAGCUCAAGAUCCUCCCCUGCUCUCACACCUACCACUGCAAGUGCAUUGACCCCUGGUUUGCCCAGGCCACCCGACGGUCCUGUCCCGUGUGCAAACAGUCAGUGGCUGGCACUGAAGAUGGCUCCGACUCCACUGCUGACAGCUUCUGUGAUGAGGACCCCUCUCUGCCUGGCCACCGGCCUCCAAUCUGGGCCAUUCAGGCCCGGUUGCGCUCCCGGAGGCUAGAGCUGCUGGCCCGAGGUGGCCCAUAUGGUCGCUGCAGCACCACAUCCCUGGUGGUGGCUGAGGCUGCGGCAGCAUCCUCUGACAGGUCCCCAGGACCUUCCUGA